AGGAGGAGGAAAAGGGAGGGAGGGGAGAGGGAGGUGGCCGAGCCGGAGUGAAGUGAGGCGCUCAGCUGCCAACACUCACACACUGCUUGCCGCCGCCGCGCUGCUCCCGGACCCCGGGCAAGAGGGGGAGAGGAGGGAAGGCGAGGCAAAGCGAGACGCGGGAGAGGAGGCAGAAGACCCCUGGCAGGGGGAGGUCAGAGAGGAGGGAAGCGCGGAGAGGGGGGAAGGAGCCUCCUCCCCGCCGAGAGACGACUUCCCAUGUAGCAGGGGACAGAGGGAGAAGGCUGGCGCUCAGAAACUGUGCGAGAAGCUUUCCCAGCAAGUUACUUAAUCCCCGAGGAGCAGAGGGAGGAGGGGACAGCAGUAAUCACCGUUGCCGCUCAUAAUCACUAUCCCCAGCCCCUCACCAUUUGACCCGCGGGCGGUUCAAUGCACUAUUCCAAGCUCUUCCUAGUUUCCUCCUCGGGGUAACUUCGGAGGACGCGCCGCCGGUGUCGCCGGGAGGCGAGGAGGAGAAGAGCCUCGGAAGAAGGAAGGAGAAGUUUUGUGGGGGUUGCGUGCGGAGGAGGAGAAGAUGGGCUGGAAGCGCCGCUGCUGCUGGGGAGGCGGAGGCGGCGGGGACCUUCUCUGCCGGCUCACCCUGGUGCUGGGGUUCCUGCUGCCCGCCUGCAGGACGCGCCUGUACACCAACCACUGGGCUGUGCGGAUAGCUGGGGGGCUGCCGGAGGCCAACAGGAUAGCUAGCAAAUACGGAUACGUCAAUAUAGGACAGAUUGGAACACUGAAGGAUUACUACCACUUCUACCACAGUAAAACAAUUAAAAGGUCAGUUCUCUCAAGUAGAGGUACCCACAGCUUCAUUUCAAUGGAACCAAAGGUGGAGUGGAUACAACAGCAGGUGGUUAAAAGAAGGAUAAAGAGGGAUUAUAAACCUGGAGGUACCCAAUCCACUUAUUUCAAUGAUCCCAAGUGGCCAAGCAUGUGGUACAUGCACUGCAGUGAUAACACCCAUCAUUGCCAAUCAGAUAUGAAUAUAGUAGGUGCUUGGAAGAGAGGUUACACUGGAAAAAAUGUUGUGGUCACCAUCUUGGAUGACGGCAUUGAAAGAAACCAUCCAGACUUGAUGCAGAAUUAUGAUUCGCAGGCCAGUUUUGAUGUCAAUGGAAAUGAUUUUGACCCUAUGCCUCGAUAUGAUGCCAGCAACGAGAACAAGCAUGGAACCCGUUGUGCUGGAGAAGUGGCAGCCACUGCAAACAACUCACACUGCACAGUGGGAAUCGCCUUUAAUGCCAAGAUUGGAGGUGUACGGAUGCUGGAUGGAGAUGUGACAGACAUGGUAGAAGCAAAGUCUCUGAGCCUUAAUCCCCAGCACAUCCACAUCUACAGUGCCAGCUGGGGACCUGAUGACGACGGUAAGACUGUGGAUGGACCUGCUUCUCUAGCACGUCAGGCUUUUGAGAACGGCAUCAGAAUGGGACGAAGAGGAUUAGGUUCAGUUUUUGUCUGGGCAUCUGGAAAUGGUGGAAGGAGUAGAGACCACUGCUCCUGUGAUGGCUACACCAAUAGCAUCUACACUAUCUCCAUAAGCAGCACAGCUGAAAGUGGGAAGAAGCCAUGGUACCUAGAAGAAUGUGCAUCCACACUAGCUACAACAUACAGCAGUGGAGAAUCCUACGACAGGAAAAUAAUCACCACAGACCUGAGGCAGCGUUGCACAGACAGCCAUACUGGAACCUCAGCCUCUGCACCUAUGGCUGCAGGCAUCAUUGCACUGGCACUGGAAGCAAAUCCAUUUCUGACAUGGAGAGACAUACAGCAUAUUAUUGUCAGGACUUCUCGUGCAGGACAUCUGAAUGCUAAUGACUGGAAAACCAAUGCAGCUGGUUAUAAGGUGAGCCACCUCUAUGGAUUUGGACUGAUGGAUGCUGAAGCAAUGGUGAUAGAGGCAGAAAAGUGGACAACGGUCCCUCCACAGCAUGUGUGUGUGGAGAACACGGAUCGGCAAAUCAAAACAAUACGACCCGACAGUGUUGUCCGUUCAAUUUACAAAGCCACUGGCUGUUCAGAUAAUCCUAACCACCACGUGAUCUACUUGGAGCACGUUGUUGUGCGCAUCACCAUUACUCACCCUCGACGUGGAGACUUGGCAAUUUACCUAACCUCUCCUUCCGGAACUAGAUCACAGCUCUUGGCCAACAGGCUAUUUGAUCAUUCCAUGGAAGGAUUCAAAAACUGGGAGUUUAUGACUACUCAUUGCUGGAGUGAAAAAGCAGCAGGUGACUGGAUCUUGGAAAUCUGUGACACUCCAUCUCAGCUGAGAAAUUUCAAGACCCCAGGCAAAUUGAAAGAGUGGUCCUUGGUACUCUAUGGAACAUCCAUCCAGCCAUACUCACCAAGAAAUGAUUUUCCAAAAGUGGAAAGAGUGCGGUCCAGUCCAGUUGAAGAUCCUACAGAAGAUUAUGGAACAGAUGACUAUUCAGGUCCAUGCAAUGCGGAAUGCAGUAAAGUAGGGUGUGAUGGGCCAGGACCAGAUCAUUGCACUGACUGUCUGCACUACUACUACAAAUCCAAGAACAACACACGGAUCUGUGUUUCGACCUGCCCACCUGGUCACUACAAUGCAGACAAGAAACGCUGUAAAAAAUGCUCACCCAAUUGUGAAACCUGUGUUGGAGGCCAUAGUGACCAGUGCAUGACCUGUAAAUCUGGCUACUACCUGAAUGAAGUAACCAAUAGCUGUACUACCAGCUGCCCCGAUGGGUUUUACCUGGAUAAGAAUAAGAUUGUUUGCCGAAAAUGUAGUGAAAACUGUAAGACAUGUGUUGAAUUCCAAAUCUGCACGGAAUGCAAACAUGGCCUAAGUUUGCAUGGCACCAAAUGUGCUAUCCGCUGUGAAGAUGGAAAAUACCAUAAUGGUAGGGAAUGUGAACCGUGUCACCGUUCCUGUGCAACAUGUGCAGGUGGUGGAGUAGACGCUUGUAUAAACUGCACACAGGGCUAUUUUAUGGAAGAUGGGAGAUGUGUUCAGUCCUGCAGUACUGGUUACUACCUUGAUCACUCUACUGAAAGUGGAUACAAAAGCUGCAAAAGAUGUGAUGCCAGCUGUUUGGACUGCAGUGGUCAAGGAGACAGAAACUGUACGAUCUGUCCAAGUGGCUACAACCUAGACUCUGGUGUCUGCAUAGUGGGAACAGUCUGCAAGGAUGCCACGGAAGAGUCCUGGGCCGAGGGAGGAUUCUGUAUGCUGGUGAAAAAGAACAAUCUCUGCCAGCGGAAAGUGCUUCAGCAACUGUGUUGCAGAACAUGUACGCACAAGGGGUGAACUGACACCUCCCAGAGUCCUCCUGCUCCUGUAGACUUAUAGAUUAAUCCGUAUUAUUGAAAAAGGAAAAAAGAAAAAAAAAAAAGCCACCUCUCUCUCUCUCCCCCCUCUUUGUCUGGGGAGAUGGUGAACUGUUUGUUGGAACUUAAAUGGAAAAACUACAACACGCCUACCUUUCAUAACUGGGUGUUUAGAGCUGAGCAUCCAGGAUCACAGAGUCAGUAUUGUGUGACCAAAGCAUUUGAUGCCAAAAUUAACGUUUAACUCAUGAUUUGAUUUCUUGUCAAUCUUAGGAUUAUUCCUGUUUUUUGAAGGUCCUUUUUCUUCCCUUUUUUUUCCUGCUUGUUUCCCCUUCAAGUUUAAAGAGUGUUUCAAGAACACGCACGUUUACACGGAUUAAAACUAAACUAUACAAAAAAAAUUUGCAUUAGUCUUUUUAGUGCUAUGUAAAUUGACAGGGGGAACUUCAGGAAAUGAGUCCCUAAGGGAAUCAGAAACAUCAUCAGCUGCAGGACUAAGUUCUGUCCCUUUCGUACCAGUAUUUAAAAAAGAAAAGUGAUCAUUUCUGCACACAUUUCUUUCCUACUUCCUCUGCUGUGUGCUGUUUUUUGUAUCACAUGCAGUGUGUAUAUAUGUUUUGCCCAAAGUGGUUUUUUUGGUCAUAUAGAUCUCAUUUUUAGACAGCUAGCUUAUUAACAGAUAUGCUAGGAUUUUUAUUUUAUUUUUUUAAAUUGUAAAAGCUAUUUCAAAUAAACUUAAAAAAAAACUUUGUUCCUGUUGUGAACAAGUUCAGAAGAAACUACUCUUGGUUUGCGUAAGCAAGAGUAAUGUAUACGUGGAAAUCAAAACAUUGCUAACAUGUAAGGAGUAGUCAUAAAUUAUUGUUGUCUUGUAAUGUUCACCAAAAAGGGGAUAUUAUCAUGCAGAUAUGUGGGGAUAUUUCAUAGUGCCCAUACAGAAAUGCCAGUGUGACUGUAUGUGACAGAAUGUGUUUACAGGACUGGAUUUAUAAUUGAGCAUGUAACACUGUGCCAAAUACAUCUCCAGGGGUAAUUACGUAUAGGGCAAUAAAUCAACUGUUUUCUUGAUGUAACAAUCGUGUCUUGAUGGGCCUGAAUCUGCUUUUAACUGCUGACAGUACAAAUUUCAGCAGGAAUAAUCCUGCUGAGGCCAAUAGAGUUACCUCACUGUAAAACCAUCCUGGGUGGUAAGAGAAGUAGGCUUCUGCCUUCUCUCUUUACCCAGGUACACAGCUGUCAGUACAAAUUUCUGUUUAAUAUGUAUUCAUCAGCUUCACUUAGCAUGCUGUUUGGAAGCCAUUAAUUUUAACGAAAAAUAGUAAAUUGAACUUUGAAGAUACUGUUUUGGGGGGAAAAUACUUAAAACGUGCAAAGUGUCUCUCUGUUUUCUUUCCAGGACACACAAGUAGAAAAUGUAUUGCAGGUGUUUAAGCAUGUAAAUGUUAGAAAAUAAAGAGAACCUCCUUUCUAAAUACCAAAAUGAUUGUGGAAGUUUUACAAAUGAUGGAUACAAAUCUAUAGAAGUAAUAUGCCCGCUUUUCCAGAGAGCAGAUAAACUAUUACAACCCAUGUCUGGUUCUGUAUGACAGGGGGCCUGUGAAGCUCCUUUGGUGCCCAUCACAGAUUUCCUGCUAAACAUGCAAAGCUAUAAGAAUUUAAUAUGUGCUAGUUUAACUACUAGUCUGUUACUGCCUCAUUUCUCAAUAUAACAUUUUUAACUAGAACAUAAUGCUUUCAAAGUUUAAGUUAAUAUUAUAUAUAUAUUAUAUAUAAAUAUAUAUUCAUAAUUGAGAUUUAAUUAUGUAAUGGAUUGUAAAGAGUUUGUUUGGAUACUUACAAAUGCCUCUAACACUAUUAUAGAGAAAAAAUUAAUAUCUUUGUUUUCUUUUUAAAAAAAAAUGACACAUUGUUAAAUCCAAAUUCAUUUUUACUGAAAAAAAUACUGUACAUGUGUAAAAUGUUCAGUUGUUAUUUGUAAAAUAGGGUAGUUCUGUUGUAAUUGAUAUCGGCCAAAAUCAAUGUUAUUCCAUAUUUUAUUUUUUCUAUUAAAUUAACCUAAAUUCCUGUUCCUUUGGUCUGGAAAAACAUGUUGGUAAUCUAUAUAUGUAAAAUAUCUCUGUUGAAGGGCACAGGUAGCUUUAUCCUAUAGAUACUACAUGCAAGUCAUUGAAACAAAUUGGGGGAGGGUAAGGAUGUUUCAUUUUUUUGUGGAUUUUUUUAAGUGAUGAAAUUUAUGAAAGCAGAAAUGUCUGGAUUCUGUGGGAGGACACCUUUUGUGUACUAUCAGUUCAGCUGUGUCCAAACCCUGAUGGGCAAUAGUGCUGGCUUCCUUCUCCCCAUUAGAGUUUGUGUCUUGCAUACUUUGGAUUAAAAAGCUGCAUGCAUAAACACCUUUUGACUCAGAAGGCUUAGGAGAAGCGUAGUAGUUUUAUGGUCGUUCAUGGCCAUUUGCACAGUACAAUACUGAUGCUUGUUUAUAUGCCAAUACUCACAUUCUGCACACCUCAGGUCACAACCCCGGUCUACCACUUAAGAGCAGCAGGCUGUCUCCUUUCCAUUAAAUCAAGAGGGCUCCCUGUAGUCUUAGCUGUAAUCCCUGCAGGAUCAGAGCUUCCACUGACAUUAGAUGAUGCUUUCAUUCAUUUUCCACUUAGUCCUACAACCUGAGUGGAGAACAAAGUGGCAACUCAUCCUCAGAAUUUGUAUAUUCAGAUGAAGCUCUAAGCAUGUUCACUGAGGACAUGUAAAGAAGAUCCUGAAAAAACAUUUUUUAGCCAUCGGCUUUCAGCCUCAAAUAUCUCAGUAUCACCAACUUGGUUUCAAAAUAUGGAAUUAGGUCAUCAAUCUCUCAGUUUUCCUGUCAGUUCUUGGACAGCACAUGUUCAGCAAUAGUUUCAUUAAGCCAGACUAGGAAAAAAGGUUGGCCUAACCCUUAUACCGAUGCUCUAUGAAGAGCUGCUUCUUUCAGGUCCCAUCCCACGUUCAUAUUCAAACUGGCAUGAGAAAUUCAAGCAAUCACAAUGUCAAGACUUCAUCUUCUUUGGGUGGGAAAUAUACAAAGAGUACAUUCUUUACAGCUCUGGCCAAAUAAGUCCGCCCUAGAGGGUGUACAUCUAAAUGUUGGUCUGUGAAACCUCACAGAAAAGCAAGCCUAGACAGAAAAUAGAUUGAAAAUGAGAAAUUUCCAGUGUCAGUUCAGACUUUUUGAACAUUGUUAUUUCUUGAUGCAUUGACAGCCGUGGCCAGAUGCAGAAUUAGUAAACAGCACUAUAGUUAGUCCUUGCACAAGAGGCUCACUGCAGCAAUGGGAUUGUGAUUGAAGGAAGCUAGUGUGUCCCCAUCUGCAGAAUUAUCAGUGAUUGAUCUCUGAUCAAUGCUGAGUAUUCAUAUUUGACAGUAUUUGGACAUAUUUGGAGUAUUCAUUAUUUGACACCUUGUUGUUAGCGUGCAGAACAGAUAUGGACCUUGUUAGGAAGAUCAGAACCUGCUAAGCUUGAAGAAAAUGCAACUUUUCAUCCUGUAUGAAAGGACACUUGAUGAUGUCGGUCCAGAUCUGUUCAUUGAUUUCUGCCUUAUUUAUAACACAAGUCAAAAAAACAAUGAAAGAUUUUUAAGUCAAUUUUCUUAUUAAGGCAUGUCACUUCCAUGGCAAACUAUUUGCCUGUUCAUGUAUGUUCAGAAUAAUUCUUAUUCAAUCAUUGAUUUAAAAGUGAAAUGAAUACUUAGACAGGCCUCUUCCUUACUAAAAGUCUCAGGGACAAUGGCAGCUGUGGGUCAAAAAAAUCGCAUGCAUCAGCUAACACUAUUUUUAACCAGAAAGAAGGUUAGCAUGCCAUAGACAAGCAGAUUAUCUGCUGAAGACUGUUGUAUGAAUGCACCAUUUUGCAAGUGGAGGAUGCAUUUCUCUUUCUGUAAAUGGGCCAUAUGCCUUUCUAGCUGCCGCUGUCCAUCUCAAUCAUACACCAGUUCUGUGGGAUCAGCAAAUCAGAGACACACUGGGUUGUGUCAGUGGAAACUAUGCUUCUUACCAGUAGCUUCUGUGGCUCUUGGGUUAGACCCCAUCUACCCACACACCAAUCUCCACUGGUAUAUCUCAUCUCUUUCUGGGAGGCUUUGCAAGCUCCCUCACUGUGGAGAACACAGUUUUCUAAUAGAGACUUCCCUAUGAGAUUAUACAGAUUACCCCAGUUCCUAUUUGGACUACAAGCUUCCAAUGCCCUGUGAAAUUCUGAGCAAAACCUGUUACUGAAUAUAUGCUAUAAUACCAAGGCUGCUGCAUGUUGUCAGGUAAUGAUAAGAGGCGUGACCCUAUGACCCUUUAAGAUGAGUAAACUUAUAUGCAGAGAUACUAGAGCUGACUACAGCAACUUCAUUCCUAAAUAGAACUUGCAGCUGGUGAUGGCCAAGUUAAUUCUCUUAGUAGCCACAUUGCAACCAGACUGAAUAUUACCUAUAUCAGUGGCCACUUUAGGUAACUAUCUGCUACUUAAAAAACAAAACAAAACAAAACAAAACAAAAUGAAAUUGAUGAACUGAAUGACUUUGAGAAGGCCUGUUAUAAAUUCAAGAUUCCUGUAAAGACAUUUAAGUGACAGCUUGUAUGAUUCAGUGUUUUCAAUCUGCAGUGCAACUCAUGGAACAGUAACUUGUCUUUGAUCCAUUACCAUGCUUUAUAUUUAUAUUGCGUAUGCCAUUGUCAUGUCAUUGGUUAAGAAUGAAUCAAGAAAAGUUCUGUCAUUAAAUGUUUGUGCAAAAUAUUUUAAGCGAGCAUUAAAAAAGUUUUA